UGUGUGUUUGUGUGUUCCAGCUCCUGGACAACGUUGAGAACAAAAUGAAAGGCACCUGCGUGGAGGGAACCAUCCCCAAACUGUUCAGAGGAAAGAUGGUGUCCUAUAUCCAGUGUAAGCACGUUGACUACCGGUCAGAGCGGAUAGAGGAUUACUACGACAUCCAGCUCAGUAUCAAAGGAAAGAAAAACAUCUUUGAGUCCUUUAAGGACUAUGUCGCCGUGGAGCAGCUUGACGGAGACAACAAAUACGACGCAGGAGAACACGGCCUACAGGAAGCGGAGAAGGGUGUGAAGUUCCUGACUUUCCCUCCCAUACUGCACCUGCAGCUGAUGAGGUUCAUGUACGACCCUCAGACCGACCAAAACAUCAAGAUCAACGACAGGUUUGAGUUUCCGGAGCAGCUUCCCUGGAUGAGUUUCUCCAGAAGACUGACUCUAAGGACCCGGCCAACUACAUCCUGCAUGCCGUGCUGGUCCACAUGGUGUAAGUUUGAUGAUGACGUGGUGUCACGGUGCACCAAGGAGGAAGCCAUUGAACACAACUACGGUGGCCAUGACGACGACCUGUCAGUACGUCACUGCACCAACGCUUACAUGCUGGUGUACAUCCGCGAGUCCAAACUCAGUGAG